AUGUCCUCGUCUUCGGCUCUUAGCAAGAAGCAGUUAAAGAGGUCUUCGACCAAGAAAUCACACUCAUGGUGGUGGGACAGUCACAAUUGUCCCAAGAACUCAAAAUGGCUUGCAGAGAAUCUAGAGAAGAUGGAUGACCGUGUGAACCACAUGUUAAAGUUGAUUGAAGAAGACGCAGACUCUUUUGCCAAGAAAGCUCAAAUGUAUUACCAGAAGCGUCCCGAGUUAGUCCACCUUGUGGAGGAGUUUUACCGCAUGUAUCGCGCUUUGGCUGAGCGUUAUGAUCAAGCUAGUGGUGAACUUCAGAAAAUUCAUCUCUCUGGGCUACAGUCACAGGGCUCUCUUGAGAAAUCAUCUCCUACUUCUCAAGAGAAAUCGAGUCACCGUCACAAGGAAGAGGAAGACUCAUCAUCUCUGUCUGAUUCUGAUUCUGACUCUAAGUCGGUUCCUGAUCAUUCCUCUGGUAAUGAUGAAGAUGGCUACGAGGCACUGAUCAGUAGGAUGGCUGAUUUAGAACUUGAACUUCAAGAAACUAAAGAAAAACUCCGUCUACAGCAGGAGUGUGUCAAUGGUGACAACAACACUGAUCUCCUUCAGAAAAUUAAUGUAUAUGAAGGAGAGCUUAAAGAAGCUAAUGUAAAGAUUCGAAUGCAAGAAGAAGAGAUCAUUAAUCUGAAGAUUGAGCUUAAGAGUUACAUUUCCUCUGAAGCAGAAACUCAAGUUGGUGUUGAACAAGAGAGUCUUGAUUUGGUUAAAGAGGAAACUACAGAUGCACCCGCUACUCUUUUCUGCUCAACCACGUCUGGUGGUAUUGUGUCUCUUUCUAUUAUUGUUAUUUUGUAUUGUUUUAAGAAAUACAUAUGA